UCAAAUUGCACAUCGCAGCAGUCAACAUCUGAGAAAAAGAAAAUGCAAGCAUUUUAUUUAUCAAACCUAGUUGCCUGCAUCCUUGGUGUUCUCAUCUUUAACGCCCAAGUGAGUGAACAGCUUGCAGUGAAUAUUAGCGAACAGGAGGACUCGCAGGGAGUAACAGCAAGAGCAUCAUGUGAGAAAAGCAUUGCAGGCCACAAAUGUAAAAGAAUAAAAGACAGGUGCUAUUGCUUCGUCAAUACGCAGCUUUCUUGGGAACAAGCAGAUACUUUCUGCCGUAGCAACAAGAAGCGAUUGCUGAGCAUCGAGACGGCCGAUGAACAAGCGGAUGUUUCGUCUGUUUUGAUACCUAUCGUACUAAAGGAUGAUAUUGCAAAGAAGAUUGGAGUAUGGACAUGCGGCUCUUACAUUCCCCAAAAGAAGGUUUUCGUUUGGUCUUCAACUCAGAAGCCGUUCACUUUUGUCAAUUGGUUUUACAACGAGCCUAUUGUUGGUAGCUUAGACCAAUGUCUUCGCGUUCGAAUUGUGCCGGAAUCAUUGACUAGCGGCCGCUGGGCUUCCCUGUCUUGCGAUCAAUGGCUACCCUUUAUUUGCCAGGACGAUCCCGGUACUAUUAAACCAUAGACGCUGCGUUCAACUACGAAAAUAUUGCAAACGGCAACUCGCUCUUUGUAAUGUGUUGAUGUUUUUUUUUAACUUAUUGCCCACGUAUGAAAAUAAAACACAGCAAUGUGCAGUACUCUAGAACAACUGCUGAUUUUGCUAAA